UCAGAUUUUUCAAUUUUUUUUAGGGAAAUAAAUCAAAAACUAUCUAUUUAGUUCGUUCUUUGCUAGCCACAUUUAUCCGCCUUGGAUUUAUCUUAAGUCUGCCUAAAAAUGCGGUCAAUUCAAAUCAAAUCCAAAAAACGUUUUCAAAUCACGAUUUGAUUUUACCAAAGAUUGAAGAACUCGAGAUUCCAAAGGGAUGUCGUCAUUACCCACGAAAAAUGCUUUGAAGUAAUUACCCUGGUCAUCAAUCUACACAGAGAUCAUUAACAUGCUACCUAUUCUGCGUCUACCAUUCCCUAGAAUACUUAUCUCGAGUUGUGUCAAAAAGAUAUUCGAGCAACCCAUUUAAAUGCCACAAUCACGACUGGAAUAAUGGAACGUCAGAUUUGACGUAAAUUGGCACACUUAUUUGUGAAUAGCCCAGAAUUCUGCUUAAGCUCUUCAGAAAACGACGAAAUGAACAACGAAUCAUCACAAAAUCGUGAUGCUAUGCCGAAGCGAAGAGCGACAGUGGCUGUGUUGGGGGCUUCAUCGGUCGGCAAAAGUUCCCUCAUCCACCAGUUCAUGUUCUGUCACCUACACCACUUGAACCACCCCGCCCCCACCUCCAACCCCGCAAACCACCUCUCCUCAGCCCCCAGGUCAUCCAGUGCCCCAACGCGAUCAGAGAAACAACCGCAGGCACAUCACCCAAACCUAUUCGUCAACCAAUCUCUGUACGAGGUGACGAUAGUGGAUCCUCCCCACUGCAAAGACGAGGACAUGUUUAACAUGCACGAGUGGGCCCAGCUGCAGUUCAGCUGUGUGAAUGCUCACCUAGCAGAAGCGUUUGUGCUCGUUUACGACGUAUCAUCUCCCCUCACAUUCAAAUACAUUCAGGUGCUCAGAGAACAGAUCAACGAGAGCUUUGAGGGUACCUCUGAUGCUGUAGUGCCCCCUAUUCUAGUGGUGGGCAAUAAGUGUGACAUCAGCAAACGCGCCUACCCUCUACACGUCGUGUCCGAAAUCGUGAAAAAACACUGGCACUGUGAAUACAUGGAGUGUUCAGCCAAGUACAACUGUCGCGUGUUCGGAGUGUUCCGAGAGAUCAUGAUGAUGGUAGACGCCUGCGAGAACUCGCCUGGCGGAGGACUCCAUCACCAUGGCAACCAGAACUUCUCAAGGGUGCAGAGUCUGUUUAAUCAGCCCUUCAAUCACAAUUGGGGCUCAUUCACCAGACGCCAAAGCAGAUAUUUCUCUCAAUUCGCCCAACACAAUUCGAGUUACCGAAGGAAGCGCCGCCAAUCUCUCUCUGUGUAUAUUCCAAGCCUAAAUAAGAAAGGUCAAAGUUCGAAUUGCUCCGAAUCGUCUUCAAAUUUAACAAACUCUAUUAACAGUAGAAUUAGAGGAUACCUGUCAUCUUGUAUGUCAAGGACAGCCUAAUUUAAUUUUACACACAAAUUUGUAAUUGUUUCGAAUCUAUUGAAAAUUAUAAUAAUAUUAAAUAAUGAACUAUUCGAUGUUAUAUUUCACG